CCCCUGGCUACCUCGACAUUUCGUCAAUUAAACAUUAACCUUGUCUCUGCACAGCGAUGACUCGAAGUGUGAACCCAUCACGUAUCUCAGUCACUGGUUCCUUUGUUAUAGAACAUUAAAUUCCAGGCCUGAGCCAUUUCCACCGCGGUUCAGCUAGGUUCACUGAAGUAUGUUGAGCCAAUUGAACAACGGACACCAGGAGAACCUGUGCAGAUGUAUUUAUAACACCAACUGUUGUAUAUUCAACGCUAACAUCUUGUUUAGGUGAGCUCUCAGGUCCAGAGUAUACCACUGCAAAGGACCAGUCAUGGGAUGAUGACCAGAAGGAGUGACGGCGGAAGCCUCACCCAUUAUCAGAACACCACCAGUACUAUGCAUCCAUCAUCAAUCUACGGUGUGAGUCACAGGUCUUGGGCUCGGACUACUAAGGUCGGGUCUUUCCACAACUCAAGCUACUCUCCGCCCAAUUUCUCCCAAGACACCACAUCCCGCUUCCCCCAAGCCACAUGCUCCGACACCCAGUGCCAUUCACAUGGUCAAGCCAUGGCACAAUCCACACCAAAAGCGACAAUGAUCGAGCACAUGAGAAAAGGCGGGGAGAUUAAUCAAAACUCAAAUGUUGGAACUAACCACCAUGUUCACACAUUGAUCAGCAGUGCCAAGAAUGGGAAUACGAGAUGGCUCAUGGUCGCCGUAUGACAUGGAGGCCAGCGGCUUCUUGUAGUGCUAUAAACACAUCAUAUAAACA